AUGUCCCGCCACCACCCCGAUCUCGUCAUGUGCCGCAAGCAGCCCGGCAUCUCCAUCGGCCGCCUCUGCGACAAGUGCGACGGCAAGUGCCCCGUCUGCGACUCCUACGUGCGCCCGACCACCCUGGUCCGCAUCUGCGACGAGUGCUCCUUCGGCAACUACCAGAACAAGUGCAUCGUCUGCGGCGGCGAGGGGAUCAGCGACGCCUUUUACUGCUUUGAGUGCACCCGCCUGGAGAAGGACCGCGACGGGUGCCCCAAGAUCAUCAAUCUGGGCAGUUCGCGGACGGACCUGUUCUACCAGAAGAAAAGUUUUCGAAAUCAUUGA